UCCAUUUCAUUUCCCCCCUUCCUCUCUCCCUAUUAUUUAACACACACAACACACACAUUCUUGAUGAAUGCCUCUUUUCCCAAAGGCUAAAACAGAAUGGACUCUGUUCCAACAUCCCCAACACACCCCAACACACCACCCUCAGUCAAGCAAUCCAAGCUCUCCCCCAUCUACCAAAUUGUCCUCCCGAAGCUCGCCACGCCCGACACGCUCCUACACAGCAGCAAGGCGCGAGCGAGAGAGCGAGCCAUCCUGAGAAAGCCGCGCGCGACCACCCCCACAAUAUGGUGCGCCGCGAUCCUCUGCGUCAUAUUCAGCCUCCUCAUCAUCUUCCUCUGCAUCGCCAUCCUAGUCAUCUUCGUCGCUGUCCAGCCGAGAAUCCCUUCGUUCGACACCCCCGGAGCGACCCUCAACGCGGUUUUCCUCAACUUCCCGGAGUACAUCAAUGCAGACAUCACCAUCCUAGCUAACUUCUCCAACCAGAACAGGAAGCUGAGCGUUCGGUUCGAGCACAUCAAGGUGGAGGUCCACUUGAUGGAGGUGGUAGUAGCAACGCAUGAUGUCCCGGGAUUCGACUUGAGGCCUAGAGAGGCGCGGUUGAUGCCGGUCCAUAUGGUGUCCGGGUUGGUCCAUCUGCCACCAAAUGUAGCUGUGGAGUUUCAGAAAGAGGUGAUAAGGAACAGAGUGGUUUACAACAUUAAAGCAAGUUUUAAAGUGACACUCAAUUUGGGAUUGAUUCAUUAUUCUUAUUGGCUACAUGGAGAUUGCCAAAUGGAUAUGAGUAGCCCUCCCACCAGCCUACACAUAAGCCACACUUGCAAAACCAAGAGAUAGGUUGUUUUAGUCCAUUUUUAGCAUAUAGCAACUAUAUUAAGAAGCCACAAUUUAUUCUUAUGAGUAUAUACUUGUCUGAAAUUAUGUAUAGCUCUUUGUAUUCUAAAGUUUUGGAACAAUGAAAGGAAUACUUCAUUGUGAGGAGAGAAGAGAAAUAAUUAUCCAUAGUGGGAUAUUCA